AUGUUUACGUUCGCCAGGGAUAAUGCCAAUCUGCAGGAUGGAUGCGUUGCCUGUUUUGAUUUGGACCUGCUGGGCUCCCCCGUGGAUGCUGGUGAUGGCAUGCUGUUGCGGGCCCGCGUUGUCCAAACAGCCCACGUCUGGUGCACGAACAGCCAAGCUGCAAAUGUUGAGAUAGCUGUUGAUGACCGGAAGGUGUUGCUACGCCUCCGACGAUGUGAUUAUUACGCAGUGGCUCAGCAUGCUUCCAAAGUCCGUGUUGCGUGGGUUGUUGCAAGGCCCUCCCCUGGGGCAGUGAUCCUUGAUGCCACUGUGGGACACGCCUUUGUCAUUGCGAAUUGUGUGGUGCGACAGGACAGCACAGUGCAUGUUGCAGAGGUCUUUAGUGGGGGUUUCUGCGGAUGGUCCCAAGCAGCAUGGCGCAUGAGUGCCAUGGGUGUGCCCAUCCGCACGUCCUGGCUUUUGGACGAUGAUACCAAGCUCGUUAACCCAGAAAGCCUGGUGAAUGCCUGCCUUCAGGACUGCACCCGCAGUGGCCGGGCCUCAUUCCUGAAGGUCACACACGCAUGGCAGCUUGGCCACCUUGAUCGGGUUGAAGUCUUGAUGGCCCGUGAGGCCCUGCGUGCCGAGAUUGACUUUGGCCUUUGCAGGCGUGCCACACGGGCCGUCCCUUGUCUUGUGUCGGUGCUGUGUACCAAGUCACCCAGGGCUGUUCUUCAGCCGGAGCAUCCCCAGCUAACGGAUGCACAGGUUUUUACUGACGUACAUGGCCGAAUCCUGCACAGACUUUCAGACAUGCCCACCUGCGUGUGCCUUCUCCCUGCGAGUGAGCCUUUGCUUCCUGGCUUGCCGGCGUUGUCAGGCAAUGAGGUGUGUGCGGCCCUGUUGACCAACCGCCAGGCGCCUUACCACUUUGCGAUCCCAGCUGGUGCUGCCACAGCGUGGUACGCGCGCUUCCCCACAGUACUGCUUGAGCGCCUUGGAUGGGACAGUGAGUUUGGACCGCUCCCAAACGCCGCAGGGGAGCAGCUGCAUCUGACCAUCCGUGCCAGUAAGCGCCCCUUGCUGGUGCCUCUUGCCGGCAUGCUGGACUACCUUCGCUGCACUCUCUUCCUGGGACAGCUGCGCAUGCUCGUGCAAACAUCCACGGGAGCAACUGUGAUGACUGAACUUCAAGUCAAUGCCCACACGGUGUCAGUACUUGCCUUGCCUGCUACCAUGCCUACUGCAGCCGUUGCCCAAUGCUGGGAGAAUGCAUCGUAUUGCUUGGCCUUGGGCCCGGGGGUCCGUGUCUUCUCGGGGCCCUUCCCUCUACCAAUCGACGCCGUGCUCGGCCAUAUCUCUGGUCAGGCGUUGCACCGUGCCGGGGGUGGACCACUUGUGCUUAGCGUGAUGCCUGAGGUCCGAGGAGGAGGAGCCAAGGACGCUAACAUCCAAUUAGCUAAGACCCGCCUUGUCCAGGCCACUGACUUGCACCAGCGCUGGGAGGCCUUGACAGCGUUUGCGGCAGGGGCAGGCGUUACACUCCCGGAAGGAGACAAUCGAGCCACGAAGGCGGCAGUCCGCAUCCAGCGGGCUGUCCAAAGACGCAAGCUCCACAAUCUGCCUACACCCGGUGCCAAGGACUUCUACAUAGCCCCGGACAUUUGGUGCGGUGUGGACGGCAACCCCGUCCCCAUCAUCCGAUCCAUCAGCCAAGGUGCCAGUGGGGUGAUCCUGAUGGACGCCGCACAGGCACGCAAGGAGGACUUGGCCCUGCUCCGUGAGAUGAAAGCAGAUAGCCUGUGCGUGCUGAGCCGGACCGCUGAGCCUCAUUUGCUUGCCGCCUGCAUGCACAACGUGGGCACCACAGAAGUUAGGCCAAAGUACAAGCAACAGGCCACUGUAACUGUAGAGGGGAUGACGUGUUGCUCCUUCAGCAUGUACAGGGAUGACUUAGCCGACGGUCAGGAUUGGCAGACCAUUGCCAAGCAACCAGUCCGGGAGGCGCAGCAAGCCUUCACAGCGCCAGGGCAGGACCGCACCCUUGUUCACCCAUGGGGCCGCUCUUUUCGUGCUGAUGGCAAGGCCUCUCUGCCGCAGGCGUCCGACUCCAUCCAGUUUCAUGCCAAGGUACCAGACGCUCAACUCCCCGCUGUCUUGCGCAAAAGUGGCUUCAACCAUGUGUACGUGCUGCCAAAAAGCUGGGAGGACUCCAGGCCGCUCCCGGAAUGGGCCAUUGUCUGGCUGCCUGGUGGCCGGAGCGAGGCAGAGAGGCUAGCACUUUUGGUCCCCCACCAACAUGGCCUUGUGCGAGGUCGCAAUCGCUAUGGCCUGCGUGUGCCAGCUGCCGAGUUCUCGGCAACCUUCAAACAACUGCGACCUGCCGACGCUGUGCCAGAAAAUAUCCAAGUCCGCCUCUUGUUUAAGGUAGGCCCGCUACCAGCCAAAGCUUCCCAGGAGGAGUUGGCUCAAUGGGCAGGCAAGCUAGGCUGGAAGGUGAAGGUGUUGAAAAUGUUGGGGCCAGCGCACUGGCUAGUUGGCUCAGCCUCCUCACCACCAACCACACUGCCUACGUUCAAUGACUGCCCAGUGCUCAUAGCGGCAGUCCCUUCACGUGCGGCUGCCAAACCAGUCGUGCAAGCUGGACGAUUGCCAGACCUGCCUGCCUCUGCUCCUGCAACAUCCUCGCAGACUUUCGCUGGCGACGCCUCACACCCAACGGACCCUUGGGGCGCUUACCUGCAGCAGCAAGGCCGCGCCAUCCGUCCGCCGCAACAGCCUACCAGCCUGAAGGCCAAUCCUGGGGAGGUUCAAUUGCAGGCGCAGGUCUCAGGUCAGGAUAAGCGUAUAGCUGCACUGGAGCUCGGCAUGGCCAGGUUGCAAUCGGCAGUCGAGACUGAGUCCAAGCACAGAGCCCAUGACCAGCAACAACACCAGGAGGACAUGACAGCUGUGCGAGGAGAACUGCAACAGCUCGGGGCUAGCCUGAGUGCGCAGUUCCAACAUAGUCUUGAGUCCCUGCAGGCAGCCCAACGCCAGCAGGAAUCCCAAAUGCAGACAGGCCUGAAUGAACUCAAGCAGCUCAUCCUUGCCCAGAGCGAGAACAAGCGCCCGCGCACGGGCGGUGCUGGGGAUGCCCUCUGA